AUGAAUAUGGCGGAUAAAUCGAGCGCGCACUUUCGCGGCAAAAAUAGAAAUGGCGGUAACGAGUUUCCCGCCACAAUUCUUAAAAGGAUAGGAAGAGCAAUCUGUGGUCGUAUAGAGACAUUCAUAUCGUCUCUGCCCCCGCCUUAUCAGCUACAAAGGCCGCUACUCGCGAGGGCGGCCAGCACUGAAGCGAGGACCCCAGCGAGGGCCCCAUCUUUUAGUGUGUGUUGGUCUGUCACAGCGCCGUUCCCCGAAGUAAUAAAUGCGACGACGGGAAAACUGGAAAGCGGUCACCCAUCACUCCUCUGUAAGCAGAGUAUGUUCGCCAGAUGGCAGUAUUUGAUAAGACGCUUACCUCUGUUACCUCCGGAACCAUCUGGACCACAGUUUCCACCGCUUCCCAAAGAUUUGGAUAACAUCCCCUACAACGAAGCAAAAAGUCUGUGCACCACUUACCAGAUAGCAAAAGACCGUCUAACAACAGCGUUCGAAAGCGCCCAACUCGGCAGAUGGAUAAAGAAACCGAUAGAACAAGACCAGUUCACUUGCGAAAUCCUCGGGGCAGACCCUAGUGUUCUGUUCGCC